AUGAUGAUGUCAUGUUAUCGCAACGGUGUUAAAUGUAUGCUACUUUUGUUUUUUAUGGGAUUGGCUGCAUUGAAUACUUAUAGUUAUUGGAAGGGUAGUCGGAACAGGAAUAUGAAAUAUACUAGUAUGCAUCCAGAAGUCAUUGUAGAACAGAGUUCUAUUACUCCAUUCCAAUGUCCGUUUGAAUCCUGGAACCAAUUACAUUCUGAUACUGUCCCAAAUGAGAAUCUACAUCUGGAAUGGAUCCAAAAUAAUAUCUCACGACGAGACAAUAUUUUGGAAUCACAAAUUCGACUUUUGUCUUCUUUCGUCUACUUGGAUCAUAUUUCAAUUACAACAAAUUCACAGAGAAGUUAUGGCCAAAAAGUCUACUGUCGCUACUACAACUGCCUCCGUGAAGAGAUCUCCAGCUCCUCGUAUCAAUCAAUAUUUUUCCCAAUGAAUGUAAUCAGAUGUCCGAGAAGAAUUGGUGUGAAACAUAUGUCGAUUAGUUUUGAUUCGGAAGAGAUACCACAAGAACCGAUUCCACUUGUCUAUAGAGUUUUCGAGGCGCCAAUCCACGAGGUAUCAGUAUGCGUCGGUCCGAUUCACGGCUCGGAGAGCAAGUGGUUAGAAGUUGCAGAGUUUAUAGAACAUUACAAACUGAUUGGUGUACGGUACUUCUAUUUUACAGUAUUCAAUAUGAAUGAGUACAGUCGGAAGAUUAUUGAUGAGUAUCUGAGAACAAGAGAAAUCGAGUUGACCGUAAUCCAAUCAGAAUACAAAACAAUAGAUUGGCAGUUUCAUCUCCUCCAGAUUAAUGAAUGUCACCAACGGAGUAAACAUCAUUCGAAAUGGGUUAUAAACGUGGAUAUUGAUGAGAGAUUGGUUAUUUUCGAUGAUAAAAUUAAAUCAGUUGGACGUUUAUUGAGUGGGUAUAAUGAUACAGUUGCUGAGGUCGGAUUUGCGAUUCGAAGAAUUCAGAAGACGGAGAAACUGCCGGAAAAAUAUGAAAGUGAUGAGCAGAUAAUUUCCGAAAUGGAAUUCCUCAAAUACAACGUGUCUUCUCCAGUCAGUUGGGGUGCCUACAAAACGAUUUAUCGACCAGAAAAGAUAGCUGCAAUGUAUUAUCACUGGGCGUACCAGAGGUAUUCGGGGACAGUAGCUGAGUAUGUGACAAGUGAAGUUGCGCUGCUCAGGCACUACCGUACCACUGAGAAGAAUGUCCUUGGAUCUGGGUGGCUUGCUGAUCCAAAUUACAAAAACUUUUCAAUUGUUCCGGAAGAAACGAAAUUCGCAGAAAAACUGAAGGAGAAUGUACUGAAAAAGAUCAAAUAUGUUUACGAUCAACGGGUUUUGUACUGUGAAGAGAUAGCAGAGAUACCGUAUGAAGAGUAUAAAGAAUUUGGACAUGACAUCUUUAAUUGUACAUUUCGAAAUGAGAGUGAUAGUAAUAAAAGUGUUUAUUGA